UGUUCAUUUUCAAUUUUUUUUUUCUUCUUCUGGUUUCAUUUUGCUCGUCAUCGUUGACAUUGCCGAGAUCAUGGUUUCUCCUUGCCUCAAUACCUUUUGUGGAGGAAUGGGAUCAGGAACUGGGAAUGCAAUUGUGAAGUACUUAUGGAAAAAAUCAAAGAAACAUGCAUGUUAUUUUAUAUAUUACAAAAAGAAAUUUGAGAAAUUCAAAGAACAGUUUGAUCUUUUAAAGGCCAUCACGGAUGACACGCAACGAAAAGUGGAGAUAUCUAAAAGGAACAAUGAAGUUAUCAGUGAUGAAGUCAACUUAUGGCUAAACAAGGUGAUUGAACUGGAGGAGAAGUUUAAUAAUAUCGAGAACAACUUCGACAGGAUAGUAGAGAAUGAGAAAUACUGCAUCCCCAGUUUAAUAUUUCGUUAUAAGGUUGGAAGGGAAGCUACAAGGAAAAAGGAUAAAACAUUGAAACUACUGGAUCAAAGCAAAUUCCAAUCUUUUUCUCAUAUUCUUGAUCCAUCAGCUGUUAAUCACCCAUCGAACAUAGACUUUGUGAGCUUUGGUGCCACCAAAGAGGCAAUGCAAAAGGUUAUCGAUGCACUGAAUGACGAUAAAGUGAAUCUGAUUGGAAUAUAUGGCAUGGGUGGUGUAGGCAAGACUACAUUAAUAGAAGAAAUAAGCAGAAAGAUGAAAGAAGCAGAAACAUUUGAUAUGGUAAUGGAUGUGGUUGUGUCACAGAAUCCAAACAUAGCUCAGAUCCAACGCGACAUUGCUGAUGCAUUGGGCAUGCGUGAAUCCUCAAAUAAGAUGUUGGCCACUAGGUUGAAGCAGGUGAAGAAAGUUUUGAUAAUGUUGGAUGAUGUUUGGGCACGGCUGGAGUUAGUUAAGGAAGUCGGGAUUCCAUACCGAGAACACAAGGGUUGUAAAGUGAUACUUACCUCACGCAAAGCUGAAACAUGCAAUGUAAUGGAAGCUGAUGUCUCAGUUGAAGUUGCCACCUUGUCUAAAGAAGAUUCAUGGCAACUUUUCAGAAUGAGGGCAGGACAAGUUGCUGAGUCUGAUGGCAUAGAACCGAUUGCAAGAAAGGUAGCACAAGAAUGUUGUGGUUUGCCGCUGGCCAUUGUUGUAGUGGGAAGGGCAUUAAGAUCGUACGAGGAUGCAAGUGCUUGGGAAGAUGCCUUGUCCCAACUCAAGCAAUCUGUUCCUUUAAACAUGGAAGAGGUCGAGGAAAAAUUGUUCAAACCACUAGAACUCAGUUAUCAAAACCUGAAGACUGCCGAACUAAAACAGUUGUUUCUCUACUGUUGUUUAUUCCGUGAGGACUAUAACAUCAGUGAGGAUGAAGUAACUCGAUAUGCAGUGGGAGAGAAUUUAUUGAGUAAUCUCUCCACUUUAGAGGAUGUACGUGGCAGAGUGCAUUUUUUGCUCCAGAAAUUGAAACUUUCAUGUUUAGUGCUUGAUAGUAAGAAAGCCGGGUGUGUGAAGCUUCAUGAUGUGGUGCGAGAUGUAGCUGUAUAUAUUGGCUUCAAGGACAACAACCAUUUUCUUGUUAAAGCUGGACUUGGCCUUAUAGAUUGGCCGAAGUACGAGAACUUAGCAGAAUGCAAGAGAAUUUCGCUCUCGAAUAAUUUCUUGCAAGAAAUUCCCGAAAAACCAAAUUGCUCCAAAUUAGUUCUGUUGUUGCUGAAUAUGAACCCAAUUACUAGUGUGCCAAUCAAUUUCUUUGAAAACAUGGUCACACUAAAUGUUCUCGAUUUUAGUAGUACGGAGAUUACUUCUUUACCUUCCUCAUUGACAUGCUUAAAAUGUCUAGGGACUCUCCGUUUAGACAGAUGUAAACGGCUGAAUGAUAUAAAUGUUGUGGGGGAACUAAAGACGCUCAUAAUACUUUCCUUGCAGCAAUGCAAAGGUAUUAGUGCAUUACCGGAAACCGUAGAUGGUUUGGUUAAGCUAAAGCUUUUGGACUUGUCGAAUUGCACAUUGCUGCAGAUACCCAGAAAUUUGAUACCAAAGUUAACUCAACUCGAAGAACUUUACUUGAGAGGCUACAAUGUGACUGAAGCACUUUUCGUUGAAAUUGCAUCUUUGAAACGCUUGGUUAGAGUUGAGUUGUAUGUCAAGGAUGCUCAAGAUUUUUCUCUAAAAGUUAUUCCUAGCAAUGCUUUCAAAAACUUAUGCCACUUCAUUAUUUACAAUGAAUUAGAUUGGUUUACAAUGGCUUCUGCAUACCAGAGAAAACUAUUUAUAAAGCAAGCGAGUCAGUCGGUGAUCAUUUGGGGCAUGCCUUUUCUCAGGGGAACUGAAGAUUUAAUGCUCGAUAGUUGCCAAUGUAAUUUAACAGAUCUGACUCCCUUAGAGAACAUGUCUUGCUUUGCCAAUCUGAAGUCUUUGACCCUUACGAACAAUCAUCAAAUCCAAUGUCUUCUUCGGUCAACAAAUGGCACUCCAUCAAAUGCAUUUGGCGAGCUCGUGAAGGUAAACAUUUUGAACAUGGAGAAGCUGGAACAGAUUUGCCAUGGCCAUCUUCCUGAUCUUUCACUUAGAAAACUAAGAACACUGGUAUUAAAAAGGUGCAGAAACUUAGUUGACAUUUUACCGCGAGACUUGCUUCAGAGAGUGCAUUCAAGUCUAGUAGAGCUUCUUCUUGAAGGAUGUCCCGGGCCAGGUAUACUGCUAAAUUUCGAAGAGCUUGGACAUGAUUCUGUUUUCUUUCCGAAACUGCAAACAAUUCGACUAUCUCAGAUAUCAGAUGUAAUAAGCUUCUGCACUGGAGUUGUUCCUCCUGGAAGCUUGCAUAACCUCACUACUUUUGAAGUUGUUAAUUGUGAAAAGUUAUCGUAUCUGUUCUCGCCGACAUUGGAUGCAACUCAUUCACGAUUACUACCAUCUGACACUUUUAAGAAACUAAAGCAUCUAAAGAUAAUGGGAUGCCCAUGCCUUAAACAUGUUUUUUUACCAAGCAUUGCGAAUGAGCUUCAAAGCCUCGAAAGAUUGGAGAUCAAAAAUAACGACUCCAUGGAGACAAUCAUUGCUGAAGAAGAAGGUUGUGAUUUGGAGAAGGGGGCUUUCCCCAUGCUCAACCGACUGCUAUUCAUCAAAUUGCCUGUGCUAUGUUGUUUCUUCAAAGGAGAACCAGCAAAAACUUUGGAUUGGCCAUCACUGGAGUACAUCCACCUUGGUGACUGUUCGAAGCUAGCAGGACUGCCCAUUGGACGUGAGAGCGCACAGAAGCUGAAGAAGGUACAUGUUGUAAGACUCAACGAUGUCGACUGGUUCACAACAUUGAAAUGGGAAGACGAUACGAUCAAGUCACGCUUUGACAUCAUUCAAUCCAUCGAUGAAGUCGAGUAGGCUCCAACUUUAAAGGAUGGAUUCUUUUAUGAGGUGUGAAGAUUCUGCCUGCGGUCUUACAAGAUUCAGCAGCCAUUUAUAUCUCUAGAUUUGUGUUUGCACAUCGGGUGGGUGUGAUCUUGAAACAUUUUAUUUUAUGAAUAAUUCAGAAAUGAUUGUAAUAUAUUUCUCUUGUUCCUUCCAUUUUGUGCUUCCAGCUUCAUAUAUCAA